CGCCGAGCGCGGAGCGGAGCCGGAGCCGUAGCUCUUCUGCCCACUUGUAAGUGCAACUGGUAUGGGUAAUGGUGUGAGAGAAGGUCAAGUGGAUUUCCAACGGCAGGAUGUGGAGCCAGUUACAUCAACCCAUCUCCCAUCAGAGGGUAACCAGGAGAAGAAGAAAGUACUCAACUCCCUGAUGUCUGGUGCAUUGGCUGGUGCUGUUGCUAAAACUGCAGUAGCUCCACUGGAUAGGACAAAAAUCAUGUUUCAAGUGUCUUCGAAAAGAUUUUCUGCCAAGGAAGCCUACAGGCUGAUUUAUCGCACCUACCUCAAUGAAGGCUUCUGGAGUCUCUGGCGGGGGAACUCAGCCACCAUGGUCCGCGUGAUCCCUUACGCUGCCAUUCAGUUCUGUGCGCACGAAGAGUACAAGCAGCUCCUGGGGAGUUACUACGGCUUCCAGGGAAAAGCGCUGACACCCUUUCCUCGAUUCAUUGCUGGCUCUCUGGCAGGCACAACGGCUGCCAUGUUAACCUACCCCUUGGAUAUGGUCCGUGCUCGAAUGGCUGUCACGCCGAAGGAGAUGUACAGCAAUAUUGUUCAUGUCUUCAUCCGAAUAUCCCGAGAGGAAGGAUUGAAGACAUUGUAUAGGGGAUUUACACCAACCAUCCUUGGAGUGAUUCCGUAUGCUGGGCUUAGCUUCUUCACCUACGAGACGUUGAAGAAACUACAUGCAGAUCACAGCGGGAAAUUGCAGCCAUCCCCUCCGGAGCGGCUUUUGUUUGGUGCCUGUGCAGGCUUGAUUGGCCAGUCAGCUUCUUACCCCCUGGAUGUGGUUCGCCGACGAAUGCAGACGGCGGGAGUUAUGGGACACACGUACAGUUCCAUCCUUCUCACCAUGCAAGAGAUUAUAAGAGAAGAGGGACUAAUCCGUGGCUUGUACAAAGGACUCAGCAUGAACUGGGUCAAAGGUCCAAUUGCAGUGGGAAUAAGCUUCACAACCUUUGACCUGACGCAGAUCCUUCUCCGUAAAUUACAGCACAGCACUAAUGUUGAAAGGUAGUAGCUUAAUCCCCACAGCCCUUGCUGGGGAAAAGUACAACACGUGUAGAAAGAGCAAUGCUAGCGUUCCCUCACUUUGUACAUGCUGUCCUGCAGCUGAGAACUUACCUUUCUUGUUUGUUUGUUUGUUUUUUCUGUUGUUGUUUUUUUCUUUUUAAUGAGCCUCUGAGUUAUUUGGAAACCUCGACCUGAAAAUAACCCUUUCCCAAACAAAAUUCUUCUUACAAUUCUGCAGAACUGAGUCCUUUAAAGUAGCUGCCUCACCCUUCUGUUUUACUCUUUGAUACCAGGAGUGGAGCCUCUCAAACAAACAUGUGCUGCUGCUGGCUCCUCACCUGGUCUCUGCGGGCAGAUGAAGUGGUGGAUGAUGAAAGAGAGGACUCGGUGCUGUUGGAAUAAACCCCUGAAUCUGGGAAGUGACUGCUGCUCCUGGUAGGCAGUUCUUAGUUACUGACCACGUGUUAGCUGGAGGCAGUCUGCCAAGUGCAAUAUUCCAGGUAGUCUGCAGGGAAUUCCAGAUUCCUCUGACCUGCAAGCAUCGGUCUCCGUAAAACAGGACACAGCAGGAUUUAACAG